AUGCUCGAGACUAUCCCAGGCCCGGAGACCAACUACCACUCAUAUCAAGUCCAUGCCAUGAUCGAGCGCAGGUUGAAUAGAAAUAUCGUUGUCUCAGAGCCUCUACGGAUUUAUAAACGGUUUUCCGUGGAGGAGAGUCUCAACUGGAUGUCAGCCUUGAAUUCAAUCGACAAGCAGUGGGAUAACGUCGCACAAUAUAGCAUUUCUAUCCCCGACGUCAACAUCCCAUUUGGCGCAACAUUUCCAAUGAAACUCCGGUUCGCUCCAUUAUCAAAGGGGAUAAAGCUCCACGCGUUGACCAUCGAUGUAAUUGAGCAACACGAGGUCAAAAUUAGCGCCCCAGCAGCAUACUCCGCGCAGUUCAACGUUCACUUUCUCUCAUCCAAACGGGAGCACAUCAUUUUCAACGAGCGGCACAACCUAGACGAUUGUAUAGCACCAGAAUCUGAGGAACCUGAUCUUGAGUGGUGCAUCACAAAAACAAUAUCUUUGCCACAGGACCUUGCAGCUUGCACCCAGGACGUGAGUUCUAAGAUGAUGACGAUCAAGCAUCAAGUAGCAUUCACUGUCGAGCUACUCGGUGUGGGAAAAGGGCUAUCAAUGAUAAAAGGAACAAUUCCUUUCAAUAUCUACAUGUCACCACACGUCAUCAGUGAACACGGCACUGUCCGACGGGUUCAUAUCGAUGGAUUCCACGAUGAUUACGUGCCUCCUCCCCCUCUGUAUAGCAAGCAUCAAAAUGAUCUGCUGCUACCUAUGGGGGAAUGUCCACUAAAUACUAAGACCCUACGACUGCAUUGCGAGCAGUCGCUGGAUAAUAUCUUCUUCAAUUCUGCCGCGCUUGAUUGUGCACCCAGUUAUGAAACAGUGAUUCAAAACCAACCAUUAAUUGCAAACUACACUCAGACAACGUAUUCUUAG